AUGCAAGCCAUCUACGGAAUCCUCCUCUGUGACUUCUCCUACCACACAGCCCUCAAAGACUGGAUCGAAAAGCAUCCGCGAGGCAGGAAGAUGCUGACUAUCCCGCUCACUAUUGCCGCCUUGUUUCUCGCUUCCUACCCCGGUGAACAUCCCGAAUGGGCCGGCUGGUCUAAUGUGAUGCUCAAAGCAAGCCACUACAUCUUCCCGCCAGGCGUCAAUGUCGGGAAGCGAUACACUGCACUUGCAAUUGACAUGAUCAUUCUUGCGAUCUUCUUCUCCCCUUCAACCAAAGACUUCCUCUCCAGCAGACUGCUUCUCUGGCUCGGCAAGCAGAGUUUCGCCGUCUACCUCAUCCAUGGAACCAUGCUGCGCGUGGUACUCUGUUGGAUGCUAUAUGGUAUCAGUGGUCAGCCGUGGGAGGGUCCUGAGCCAUUGACUGAUGACAAGCGUGACGACUGGUUGCGUAUCCGGCCGCCGUGGGUCGUUGGCAUAAGUAUUCCGAUCUGGAUUGGGCUUGUGUAUAUCCUUGCUACGCUGUGGACGACGUACGUAGAUACCUUCUGUGCUUCUAUGACUCAGAAACUGGAGAAGGCUGUUUUUGUUGAGGAUGAGAAGACGCCUUUGCCUAUGCAAUCGAUCCCCAUGCAGACGACUUGA